CCGCCGCGUCUGCGGGAGCCGCCGCCGCCGCCCCGCCGGGCCGCGCCGGGCAGCGCCGGGGAGCGCAGCGGGGAGCAGCGGGGAGCGCCGGGGGCAGCGCGGCGGGGGAGCCGGGGGCAGCGCGGCGGAGCCGGCGGCAGCGCCGAGCGCGGCGGGAGGAGCGCGGCCGCGGGUCCCGGCCGAUCCGCCGACACCGGCAGAGCCGCGCCCCGGGCCCCGGCAGCGGCCGCCCCGCCCGGCCCCGGGGGCGGCGGGCCCGGCGCGGCCCGGCCAUGCUGGGGCUGGAUGUGUGCGAGGCCGGCGGGCAGCUGCUGGAGCUGCUCUGGCUGGCGCUGUGCUACCGAGACAUCAUGGCUGACAAGGAGGGGGUGACGCUGUCGCUGGAGGAGGAGGAGGAGGAUGCCGAUGUGGCCCUGGCGUACAAGACGCCGGAGAAGAAGAGCCUGCGGGAGAUUCAGGAGCUGGACCCGGGGGACGAGAGCCUGCGGAAGUACAAAGAGGCGCUGCUGGGUGCCAUCCCUGCCGCCGUGGAUGCCAGCGUGCCCAACGUGCAGGUGACGAGGCUCACCCUGAUGUGUGAGCAGGCACCCGGGCCCAUCACCAUGGAUCUGACAGGUGAGCAGUGGGGGAUCCAUGAGAGGAGGAGGAGGAGGAGGAAGGGGUGCUGGACUGAUGGGCCAUCUCCCCUCGCAGGAGACCUGGAGGUGCUGCGGGGCCGGGCUUUUGUGCUGAAGGAGGGGGUGGACUACAGGGUGAAGGUGUCCUUCAAGGUGAACAGGGAGAUCGUCUGCGGGCUGCGGUGCCUGCACCUCACCUACCGCCGGGGCCGGCCUGUGGACCGCGACGUCUUCAUGGUGGGCAGCUACGCGCCGCGGGCCGAGGAGUACGAGGUGGUGACGCCGGCAGAGGAGGCACCGCGGGGCUGGCUGGCACGGGGCUCCUACCGCGUCUGCUCCCUCGUCACCGACGAUGACAAGAUAGAGCAUCUCUCCUGGGAGUGGGGCCUCUGCAUAAAGAAGGCCUGGGAGGACUGACCCCCCCAUCUGCACCCCGGUUCCCCCCCCCACCAGCUCGGGGCCGCGGUACCUGCCACCCCGGGGGACCCCUUGCUGGCACCGCCGCGCUUGCCCCGGUCGCGGGAAGGGUUGUGUGUGGGGGGUGUCUCUUAGCGAGCGGGCGCCUGCAGUCGUGGUCUUUGCAACCAAAGUUAUUUUUAAUUGCUGUUUUUUUUUAAAUACCGAUGCCCGCCCGGUCCUUGCGGCAUCCCCAUCACUGGGGCCGGGGCUGUGACCCUGCUGUGGCGGUGUCAUGCCCGGCUACCCACCCGGUCGCAGGCUGUGCUCUUCCAUCGCCAUUAAACCCUACAGACUGGUCUUA